AUGUUUACACCGUCACAACAGGGAUUCGUAAACAAAAUCAACGUAACAGAAACUGAUGUUGGGCGUUCCACCUCCGAUGACGAGAUGGAGACAGAAAAGCGUUUUCGCUUUUCUGUCUCCUUCAUCGGAGGGGAGGCCGCAACAGGAAAGGACAAGGGAGAAAGAGGGCCGCACGCAGGAGCCAAAGGAGGACGAGGACUGACACUCGCAGGGCGACGACGGCGAGCUCGAGAACGACGUGGCCGUGCCACAGAGAGGCGGACACGACGACCAACAGCAGCCGGAGAAAACAGUUUUUGUUUCUUGAUGCUUCAUGUGUCAUUAAGAACCAGUGAUUUCGGUUUUUAUGUCCAAACAAGAUUCAUAAUUAAAACGCUAGUUCACACGGGAACAUUACUAAAUCGACGAAUAGCCGUUCAUCGCUGCAAAUUUUUCCUUCGCAAAUCGGAUGGACUACUUAACCGCAAACAGGAAAAUGGACCUAAUACUGUGUCGAACAAGCAACAGUUUAUUCGUGGAUCUUUAACAAGAAUAGCCGAUUUAGCUGGCUUAAAUGAGACCAAAUCAGGCGCUGAGGUAGAUGGAACAACACAACUAUCAACGGAAGUUAUUGGACUGGAUUAA